CUGUGCGCUCAGUCAUGAUGAGGACCUGUUUGCUGUUUUAUUUGGCUCUCAGCUUUGCUGGUUUCGGUUUUGGUAUGUCGCUGCAGUGCUAUAACUGCUCUUUUGGCGUCUCCGACUCCUGCGAGGACACAGUGCAGUGUAUGUCACAAGAAGACAGCUGCCUCAAACUCAUCAGUGGUGAAAAGACCUACACUUCGUGCAUCAAGUAUUCAGACUGUGACGUCAUGAUUCUGGCUUCCAAAUAUCCAGUUCCUGGCUUCACCUUCUCCUGCUGUCAGUCAGAUUUAUGCAACACUGAAAUUAAAACGUGGCUCCAGAAACUUAAAGAUUUCUUUGGUUAAGAAGAUAAUGGCCAUUUUCACCUACUCUCAGAGUAGUAGUAGUAUUCCCCUGAAAACAAUGUCUUCAGUUUAAUUUGUCAUUCAUUGAUUCACUUAUUUAAUUGUGCUUUUGCUGUACAAUGUGAAACAUCAACAUAAACCCCUUUGCAUUGCUGUUGAAAAUGUAUCUAACUGAACUGAUGCUGGCAAUAAACAGAUAAUCACACCAUAUUGUGGCUUUUUACCUCAGAUCAUAUGCUUUUCUGCUUUUUUUCUACACUAGGCGGGUGCAGUGAGGCUCCUUGGAAUGGGCUGCUG